GGGACUGAGAGGGUGGAUGGGAGAGGGGGCCUAGCAGCCUCUCUUCAAAUUCAGUCUGCUCUAGUUGUGUGGACCACCCCUCACCACUGGCCUUUCAAACAAGUGCCCUUUGUUGCUGGCGCCACGGUGAUCUCCAUAGUGACCACUGACGCCCUGGCUGUUGCCAAGGUGGCACACAGCAGCCAGCUAUCUCCCCCCCCGUCAGGAGAGCUCCCACCCUGCCAGGGGUUGUGGAAAACAGAUGAUGAAAUGCAGCAGCUUCCUGAAAUAUCUCUGUGGAGUGUAAAUGGCAAUGGAAGCCCUCUCCUUGUCACGUUCUCUCACUAGCUUUCACACCUUUUAAUAUAAAAGUGAUAAUUAAUAUGAUAAGAUGACGCAUAUAAAAGCCUCACACAAACACUAUGUUUUCAUGAAUAAAGACAUGGUAUGCAGAUAAAUAGUUUAUAUAUAGUUUUUCCCCCUUCAUGAAGUAGAGGACCUACACUAAAAUGUAACCAUCUGAUCAAAUCCAUCUUGAAGUCAAACGUUGCAGAAUAUAAUUGGGUUUUCUUCCGAUUAACUCCUGAUUCACAUAGGGUGUAAUGCGACUAUGGUUGGGAAGGUUUAUUCACAUAAAUUCACAUUUGCGUUAACAUUUGCGUUUUGAUGUUUCCCUCAAAUUUGCCCUGGUAACCUUAUUUUGAUCCCACAACUAUUUACAGCUCCUCCCUCGAUUAUGAGAGAGUCCAUGACUGAUUAGCAUUAAACAGUGGAUGGAAACACACACAAGCUUGAAUUUUCUUCAGCUGAAUUUUCACGAAUGGGCUUAAAAUAUGUGAAUGAGCUGGAUAGAAGCCCAGAUUGUCAGAAUAUGUUUAUGUUCCUCCAACUAGUAGUGUUGCACGCUAACUUUUACUGAAAUUGCUUGAGCGGGGCUGUCUUUCUGAGUUUAAUUGAGAGUAAAAGAGACCCAUUUCCCGAGAACAAAGAUGCCUGUGGGCUCGAUUGCUGUCAUAAUGGCUUCCCAACUGGGCCUCCCUUGGCUCUGGCCGACCUUUGACACAGGAAGUGAAGAGAGCAUUUAAGGGAGUGAUUGUGCGGGGUUGUGGGGGACGGAACUCUUGUUUGUGGGGGGCCCCCUGCGGAGUGUUUGUGUGUUCCGUUUGAAGAGCGUCUCCGCCGGUGGCUGGUGUUUGUGCUGGUGAAUACUGCAUGAGGGUCUUUGCGCAGCUCUUGCACAAGCCGCUCUCCAGGCACCGCACGGCCUGCCACACCAGUAAGAGGAUUUGUCUUCUCUCGCCGUCUGUGGAGAGAACAAGGGGGAGAGAGAGAGAGAGAGAGAAAUAACUUUUUUUCUUUCUUCCUUCUUGAGACAACUUGUCUAAAUGGCACAUCUUAAUCCCAAAACACCACACACUCUCUCACACACAUACACACUUGAAUACACGAACAGGUUUCCCUAUGUAGAUUUUUGGCAAUGGUCUGAAGCUCUUUGAUGGGUUCUAUGUACAGUUUAUCCAAGUGGAGGAGCUUAGGCCAGUCAUUCAUUAGCCUGGUUACACAAAACUCUAUGGUGUGUGUGUGUGUGUGUGUGUGUUUGUUUGUGUGUUUGUUUGUGUCAGUGGAUAUGUGUGUAUGCGUGCAUGUGUGUGCUUAUCCAUAUCUUCUGACACCAUCAUCUCGGACGUUAUGUAAGAUUAUGAAGUCAUUGAGAAACCCAAAUGAAAGACCAAUUAGUUGUGUAUUUAACAUUCCCAUCAGAAUAUCAGGUUUCAAAAAUGGAAGAUGUUUUUCUCAUAAGCUGUUCCUACUAAGUUUGUGUGUGUCAUGUGGAGAGCUUGGAAGAAGGAAGGCUGACGGCUCCAGUGUCCAUGGUGAAGCUGAGCUGAGGAGAGACCCAUAGCCCUCAGAUACUCAUGCUGACACAGACUGGAUGUCACAUGCUAUGUCACAAGGAAUCUUUGUGGAUCACCUCUAACACCUGUAUUGGAACUCUGACACUGCAUGCCUGUGCAAAGACUUGGACCCUGGACGCAGCAUGAGGCUCGACGCUCAGUUAUGACCGCGCCUGACCGCCGAGACCAACACCGUCACGGCUCUGUGACACUUCCGUCCCACCGGCCGUCUGUCCCCCCCGCCAACCGACCUUUGUGAUGCUUGUGAUGAGUGCCAUAUCCCCAGCCAAUGAGAGAGAGGUGUUCGCGGAGGAGGCCGCGCUCUCUCCGACCGCGUCUCCUUCUCCCCCGCCUCCACCCGCUCUUGCCCCUCCGCCACCCCCACCACCCGCCGGACCCCCUCCGCCCCCUCCGCCUCCUCCCCCUCCGGGGCACCCCGCCCUCGGGCAGCAGCACCAGAAGAAGAAGCGGAGGGUGCGGAGCUUCUUCUGGAAGCCCAUCCCCGAGGAGAGGGUGCACGAGCGCGGCAAGCCCAACCUGUGGACCAUCGGCCGCGGCAGCGACCAGGAGUACCGCAUCGACGUGCGCACCAUCGAGGAGCUCUUCGGCCAGCAGGAGGAGGCGCAGUCGCUGGCCGCUGCCCGUGCCAAGGCCGGGGGCAGCCUAAGGGGCAGGGGCACCUCCUUCAAAGAGACCAAAGAGGAGAUCAAUAUCCUGGAUUCCAAAAGGAGCAUGAACGUGGGCAUUUUCCUCAAGCAGUUCAAAAAGUCAAACAUCUCCAUUAUUGAAGACAUUCGCUAUGGCAACAGUGAGGCGUAUGGGGCUGAGCCGCUUCGAGAGCUUCUCAAACUCAUACCAGAGUCAGAGGAGGUGAAAAAGCUCCAGGCCUUCAACGGAGAACCCAAUAAGCUGGCCCUGGUGGAUUCAUUCAUGUACCUGCUCUCUCAAGUGCCCAAUUUUGAGUUGCGCAUUGAAGCGAUGGUGCUAAAGGAGGAGUUCACUCCCUCGUGUGCAGCAAUGAACCGUGACAUCGAUGUCAUCCGUGCUGCAACAAAAGAGCUCAUGACUUGUGGAGAGCUUCAUAACAUCCUACACUUGGUUCUUCAAGCUGGCAACCUAAUGAAUGCCGGUGGCUAUGCAGGCAAUGCUGUGGGCUUCAAACUCUCCUCACUGCUCUCACUGGCCGACACCAAAGCCAACAAGCCAGGCAUGAACCUGCUGCACUUUGUGGCUCUCGAAGCCCAGAAGAAGGAUGAGCAGUUACUGACGUUCCCUGAGAAGCUGCAGCACGUACAGAGUGCCGCGAGGAUCUCAGUGGAGAACAUAGAGUUGGAGUUAGAGUCUCUCAAUUUGAGGACACGCUCGGUGGAGGAGAAGAUCCAGACAGAUGCUGAGCUACUGCAGCAGCUUGACCUUUUCUUAAAGACGGCUGCUCAGGCUCUACAGGACCUGACGCGGCGGCGCCUGGAGUUCAGGAAAGAGGGUUACACGCUGAUCGAUUUCUUCUGUGAAGACAAAGACACUUUCAAACUGGACGAGUGCUUCCGCAUAUUUCAAGACUUCUGCCUUAAAUUUAAAAAGGCAGUGAAGGAUAACUCGGAGCGUGAGCUGAAGGAGUCGGCACGGCAGCGGCGCCUGAAGGAGCUGGAGGAGAAGCGCCACUCAUGGGCAGGCGGCGAGGAGGUGGGCGGCGUGUUCGGCCUGCGCUGCAGCAGCGAGACGGACGUGGAGGCGGCGCUGACCCGAGAGGGGCUCCUAGACCUGCUUAGGCCGCGGCCGUGCAGCCCGCUGAGCCCGCUGGGCCGCUCCGGAAGUCUCCGGCGCUCCCGCCAGAGCCCCGUGGCCACCGCCGACCGCCAGCUGCACACGUUCCUCGAGAUGAGCUCUGAACCGGCCAAGUACGGCUCCUCCAAGCCCCUCAGCCCCAGCUGGACGGGUCAAAGCUCGCCGGCCUACUCUCCGUCCCACGUCCCGAGCACCCCCUCACAAACGUCAAAGCACUUCAUCUCGCCCCAAACCCAGUCCCCGUCGCACACGACCCCCAGAGCAAACCUUAACACGGAUACCUCAAACCUGAGUGUCAACAACAACCGCUCACCCUCACCCGCAAAGUCCUCAACGCACACAGACGACAACAAAAAUGUCAUUGUGGAUCAGGAGAUGACGGCGCACCAAAACACGUUCUUGAACGUGAAUGUGGAGAGACACACCCUCGUGCAUGGCCUCCAAGUGUUUGAUCUUGUGUCUGGCCGUGACGGGGUUGUUGCCCAGGGCAAUGGAUCUACGGUAAAUCAGGCUGACCUCAUAGUCACAGAUCUGGAAGAGGAGAGUGAAAACCCUGAACCACUAGUACUUAGCUCCCCUCCAUUGCGGAAAGCACCAGAAAAAGUUGGUGAGCCUAGCUUGUCCUUUCCACAAAUAGCCAACAAGGAAGGUGACCGAGACACAGAGACAAAACUCGAUCUGCAAACGCUACCCAAUAUGCCAGUGAUUCAGGUGUCUGGGGAAAGUAGGUUAUCCGCGCAAACAGAAGAUGCCAGCAGCCAAUCAGAGAAAGAGCAAGAGGGCCGUUGUGACGUCACAGAUUCCGUCUCGUCCAAGUCGACACCUGCCAGUCACGCGUCUGAGUCGACCUCUGUGGACGAGGCGUCAGUGCCUACCUCUAGCAGUGAUAAAGCAGAGUCUGAGUCGCCCAUGGAGUCCUCAGCAUCGCCGUGUGACAGUCCGGCGUCAGUGUCCAGAUCAGCCGAGUCAUCCGGCUCACACUCCACUGGCCAAGUGCCACAGAACUCCCCUGCCCCGAGCAGCAAGAAGGCCAGUGCUGAGAAGACCGAUGUCAAAGCUCAAAGCUCCUCCAAGUCCAAACCUGCCUCAAAAACAGCGACUGCCUCUAAACAGCCCGCGGCCCGACCCGUCAGAACACUCAACACCUCCGAGAACCAGACCAUGCGGAGGGUGGUGCCCAUCACCCGACUGACCCGAUCUGGGAGCUCCGCCAGUAGGAAGCCAGACAAAAGUGGCAUAGAGGCGAGCAACCACCGUGCGUCGACACACCGGCCCGGCCUCGCCAACGACGACUCCAAGUCUCCCAGAGUGAGGGAGCAGAGUCAGGCCUCGGUUGUCCGGAAGCCGUCCGUGCGGAAGACGACCCCUAAGCCCGUGCGUCCAGUGGUGCCCAAGCCCCCGCCCGAGGAGAAGAUGUGUCGCUCCACCCUGCGGGCACUGCAGGCUGCCCAGGCCGCUGCCGGGCAGGGAGCCGCGCUUAGCGAGAGGUCGGCGAGUGCCCCCCAGACACCCGUCCGCAGCCCGGCUUCUGUCGCCAAACUACCCAGCUUCGCCCGCAACACCGUGGCCUCCACGACCCGCGUGGCCAGACGGGACCUGGUGCCCAGCGGUGCCAACUCCCCCUCUGCCAACACCGGGGGCACGACUCCCACCCCCACGACUCCCAUCAAGUCCUCCCCCCUGGCUCGCACUGCUUCCCUCAGGCACCCCCCCAACAACCGCGUGGCUCCGGAGGCUUCCCAGAGCUCCAUCAGGAGGGUCGCCAGUAUCCGCGUGGCUGCCAAAAAACCCUUCGGUGAACCUCUGGUGCCCCUCAGAGUCCACGAGCGGAAGAACAGCGGCAGUUUUUCUGACAAAUCAGCCUAUUCUAGAGACUCCCACACUGACAAGGCCAAUAAACCUUUAUGGAGAUAAACUCAAGAGUGCUUUUUAGAAAAAAGAAAAUUUAAGAGAAACACUAUAAAAGCAACAUGUAACUUAAUAAAGUCUAGAUUUGUAUUUUUGUGGUCUUUAUUUAACUUUCUGAGUAAUGAUGAAUAUGCUAUUUUCGCCUUCUCUCUCUAUGAACCAUGGUUUUGUAUGUAUUGGACUAAGCACAGCUGUGGGUUUCCAUGUACAUGUCACAAUUAUGAUUAAAGAUUAAAUUGAAUACAAUUGGUAUGUAACCACCCUGUGCUUUUUAGACAGUGUGUAUUUUGACAAUGGGCCUCUGCUAGCCAAGGAUGUUUUGACAAAGGGUUUUCCCCCUCAUCCAUAAUCUUUCUGUCUUUUGUAAUUAUUCAUAAUGAAAUAUUUGUGGACAUUAUGCUGAUGCUGCUGAUCAUUAGCGGAGUCGGUAUUUUAAUAUUUAAACCGUCACCACUUGUCUGAAUGUGUUGGUGUGGUCUUGUCCUAUCUCCAUAGGGAGAUAUUUUGUUCUUGUGCAGACAUGGUUUGACUGGCUCCUCGUCAUGAAACUGCCAUAGCUUUCCUCACAUAACCAAAGUGAAAUCUGUAGGUCAAAUUCAAUCAUAAGCUCAAUAGUCAACGGGGAGAAUCAUUUGCCAAUUGACUAGUUUCACUGAAAUUGAAGACAAGGCUCUCCAGCACCAAGUCCAGGGCCAUUGCUUGAUGCUCGUUCUGUCAGAUGUCAUCGUCUCUCUAUCAUAUCAUGUUAAAAAUCGAAGCAAAUCAGAGGAGUUUGCAACCCAGCUCAAUUAUGUGUUUAUCUGUGUUGUCCAAAUAAAGUUUAUGUUAAAAUUUCUUA